AUUAAGAGCAGGAUUAUGUGAUCGUUGUGCUGUAACUGAAGAACAUAUGAGAAAGAAGCAGCAAGAGUUUGAAAAUAUCCGUCAGCAGAAUCUUAAACUUAUCACUGAGCUUAUGAAUGAAAAAAACAACUUACAGGAGGAAAAUAAAAAGAUAACAGAACAAUUCCAGCAAUUACAGAAGGAGUUGGAGGAGCAAAAGCAACAAGCAGUGGAAUUAGAAGAAGGAGUCAUUCCAGAUUCUCCAGUUCUGACUUCUUCAUUUUCUGUGGUUAAUCGUAUGAGAAGAAAAAAAGAGAAUAGGCAUAUCCGAUACACAGAACAUACACACCCAGAUUUGGAACUUGCAGAAAGCAACAGUGAGUUUGGAAAAAUUCCGCUGUAUUCUACACAAGUGAACAGUCACCAUGGAGAAGAGAUACUAGUGGCAGACACCUGUGACCCACAACUGUCCCCUGUACCAAAUAAAGCAAGGAUGGGAGGCUAUCCUGUUCCAAAGCCUUCUUUUAACUUGGCUGCAGUCGUGGCAGAAACAAUUGGACUUGCUGUUCAAGACGAGUCUAAGUCCCAGAGUGUACUGAGUCCUCCCUGCACUAAUACUGUUAUGAGCCAGGCACCAGAGACCAUGCAGCCUGAAGACUCAAGAAAACAUCCAGCUUCUGAAUCAAGAAAUGAUGACAACAAUUUAGGCCUUUCAGAUCCAUCUCAGAACACUCCACCGCAUGUUGACUGGGAUUCUCAGGUAGCUUCUCCUGUUUUUGGAGCUUCUAGCAGUAUGAAGAACAACUCAAGUACAAGUCAUGCCCCUUGUAUUUUAGAUUCAGGAUUGAAGUCUAAUCUCAAAACCAACCUCUUCAACAAUCCUUAUGGUUCCAGAUCUCAUAAAAGUAGAUCAAAAUCUGAAGAUGUUGCUUUUGUUGCACCACUGAAUCUUGGAACGGAAGUCAAUUCGGUUAUCAGCCAAGCCUCUAUCAAUAGGCAAAUGGUUGUGAAAAAGAAUACUAAUGAGGCUGUAACCUGUGUUGGAAACACUUGCGCAGCUAAAAAUGAGGUGGUCAAGAGCGACUUCCUUCUCAUACACCAGACACAGCUAGAAGGCAGGUGUGCUAAGAGAAAGAAAGCUGAAGAUGAGCAUGCAAUUAGUUGUGAAAAAGCAUCUUUCAACAAAGAGAACUCCAUGCCCUUUCCUUCAGAUGUUCAGCAUGUUAAUGGGGAACAUACAGUUGAUAAGCCCUUGGAUCUGUCUGAUCGCUUCUCUGGAGUUCAUUGUCAAGAGAAAAAACAAGGAAGCGAGGAAUCCUGUAAAAAUAGACUGAAACAGGUGACUCUGCAUGACAUUUUUUCACACUUAGAGAAGCCCAUUCCUGAAGGUUCAUCAUCCAUUCAAAAUGCCAACAAUAAGAGCUGUUUAUUUGGCAGAGAUUUACAAGAGGAAUCCUAUGUACAAGAGGCAAUGCUGGGAAAAACAUUCCCAGAUAAGAAAAACCAGAUACAUAAGAAAGAAGAAGUUCUUCCCUUCCAAAUUGCACCACUGCCAAGUUCUGCAGAGACAGAGCAACUUUUUGAUGAUGUAAAGGUUGCCAGUGGCCAUGUACCAAAUAGAAAGAAAACAAGGACAGGACAUGGAGACUCUGAACCAGCAUCUGUACUUCAACCAAACCCUUGUAGACUAUCAAAAAAUAAAGUACUGCAAAAUGAGCAAGACCUGAAAGAUAAACCUUCUUUAGAAAAUCUCCAGUGGAGCAUAGACCCAGGAGCUGACCUUUCACAGUACAAAAUGGACGUUACUGUGAUUGAUACAAAGGGUGGUUCUCAGUCAAGAGUUGGAGGGGAAGUUGUUGAUAUGGAUUACACCUAUGUUAGUGAAAGUGUGCUAUUAAAAAUGAAAAAUCAAGAUCAAAACCAGGAAAGCAGUCCAAGAGGAGAAAAAAAAAUGAAUGAUACCUUAACAGAUCUGUUUGAUCGGACAAGCCAUGAAGAAUAUGAAUCCUGCCUACCAGAAGACAGUCCUUCUGCAUGCGAGGAAAAAGAAACUCUUCAUGAUGAAGAGCAAGAUAAGGGAAUAACAGCAGCAAGCAAAGAACUAAAGAAACAUGAGGAUAAACAAGACAAAGCCAAGCAGAAAGCUUUUGUGGAGCCUUAUUUCAAAAGUUAUGAAAGAAAGAAUGUUGUGUUAGAUUUUCCUCAUAUUGAGGUUGUUCGAAAAAAAGAAGAAAGAAGAAAAUUGCCUGGCCAUACUUGUAAAGAAUGUGAAAUAUAUUAUGCAGAUAUUCCAGAAGAAGAGAGAGAAAAGAAACUAGCUUCCUGUUCAAGACACAGAUUUCGCUACAUUCCUCCAAAUACACCUGAAAAUUUCUGGGAGGUUGGAUUUCCUUCCACUCAAACUUGUGUGGAAAGAGGAUAUAUUAAAGAGGAUCUUGCUCCCUGCCAACGUCCAAAAAGACGGCAGCCUUAUGCUGUAAUGUUUUCUCCAAAAGCCAAAGAGCAGAGGACAUAAAGGAUGGGGAAGUAAAGCACACCAACUUGAAGAGUAUCUUUCCUGUCCUUAGAUAUAUAUAGUUAAUAUAAACUUGAAAUAAAGAACUGUGUUUUCAACAAUGAUAAAUAAAUCAUUUAGUUAAAUAUGUAAAUUUUAUAAAAUUCAUUUGAAAAUAUGAUGUACCAGGAAACAAAACUAUUUAAUGUAUGUUUGUUUCAUAUUGUGUUAAUACAUUUUGUAUUAAUUUUUGCACCU